UUUAAAUUUUAAGUCUUAGUCUACGCCCACUCAAUUUUUUAACCCUUUUGAUUUUUAAUUUGUAGGAUGAGAAUCAAAAGAUUUUUUGUGUGUACAGGCUUGCUGGUUUCUCACUUGAUUGUAGGACUUCUGGUAGCAAUUUAUGGCAAAUCGGGGAAUGAUGGAAUGAGAAGUAACAAUCUACCCAGUUGCAGUUUUAAAUCACCAAUUAUACACAUCAGGACAGAAAGAGAAGUAGAAGGAGGAGGAGGGGCUCACAACAAGAGGAUUGUUUUUGUAAUUACACCAACGUAUAAACGACUCACGCAAAAAGUAGAUUUGCUAACCCUCUGUCACUCUCUCUCGCUCUCACGGGCUCAAGUGAAAUGGAUAGUCGUUGAAGACUCCAAAAAUCCCACUCCCCUAGUCUCUAAUUUCCUCUCUCUCUGUCCUGUCUCUUCUGUUCAUCUUUCAGUGAGGACUCCACAUAAAAAACCUAAACUUUGGUGGUUUCAGAAAAUAUUUGUUAAGAGAUCGUCAUGGCGGCACAGAGGUAUUGAUCAGCGCAACAUGGCCUUGCAGUGGUUGAGGGAUAAGUAUUCAACUCAAAACUGUCAUGAAGGCAUAGUAUAUUUCGCUGAUGAUGACAACAGAUAUCAUUACAGGCUUUUUGACACUAUAAGCAAGACAGUUAAGAUAUCUGUCUGGCCUGUUGGUUUCGUAGGUGGAAUACUCUACGAAGGUCCUGUAUGUUACAACAAUACCGUCACCAAAUGGAAGUCCUGGGCUGUAAAUUACGAUCCAGAGAGAUCCUUUCCUAUCGAUAUGGCUGGGUUUGCCAUCAAUUUGUGUCAGCUAUUGGAGAAGCCUCUUGCAAAUUUCAACAACUCUUGGAGUAGAGGCCAACUAGAAACUGAGUUCCUUCAUCAGUUUGUGACGAGUAAAGAAGAACUAGAGUGUCGUGGAUCAGACAAAGAAGUACAUGUUUGGCAUGUAAAAACAGCAAAGCCAUCAAUAUCGAAAUCUCAUCAAUUGCAACACUUUUUAGAAACAUGAGAUAAAAUGCAAAAGAACGAGCAAAUUCGUCAAAUAAUGUUUUUUUUAGAAUAAAUCAUCAAUUGCUAUUAAAAAUACACUUAAAAUAAAUUAUAAGAAAAAUACCUUUAAAAUGA